UUCGGUCGGGACUGUGAAACCGAAACUAGCGCUCCGAAUCCUCCUGGCGGCCGGUCCGAAAACUAACCGCAGCCGGACCAAGCAGGAUUGUUGUGCCGGAACUUCGACAUGACUCAAAAUAUUUAAUAAUGAAGGUAGAUAAGUCCUAAAUUCUCAAGACAGUAAAAGACUAGCAGCCAUGGGUGACGUUCAAGACAUUUUGGGGCUUGAACGGCCCCCAACGCCGGAGUUGACGAAAGAGGCUAUUUUAGGGUCAUCUGAUAAACUGAAGAAAAAGCAAAUGCAAAUGUCAACUCCCAAAGUAUCCAAACGGCCUGAAGGAAUGCCCAGAGAAGUGUUUGCCCUUUUGUGCAAUGACAGCAAAGGUGUUCCUCCAGUUUUUCCUACUGAUACAGGUCAAGGCUAUAAGCAAACAAAGGCAAAGCUUGGGAUGCGUAAAGUUCGUCCAUGGAAGUGGAUGCCUUUCACCAAUCCAGGGAGAACUGAUGGGGCUGUCUUUCAUCACUGGCGUAGGGUUGCUGAUGAAGGAAAAGAGUAUCCUUUUGCCAAGUUUAAUAAGAAAGUACCUGUACCAUCAUAUACUGAUGAUGAAUACAAUCAGCAUCUUCAAACAACAGGAUGGACCAAGGAAGAAACCAAUCAUUUGAUUGAUUUAGCCAAACGGUUUGACCUUAGAUUUAUUGUUAUGAAGGAUAGAUUUGAUAAGGAGAAAUUCACUGAUAGAUCAGUGGAGGAACUAAAGGAACGAUUCUAUACAAUACAAACUACCCUAACCAAAGUUCGGAGCACAUCCCCACCAGAAGGAAAACCAUAUGUAUUUGAUGCAGACCAUGAAAGGCGUAGAAAAGAACAACUGAAAAGGAUUUAUGAAAGAACUCAAAAACAGAUUGAGGAAGAACAGUCUCUGGUCACUGAGUAUCGUAGGAUUGAAGCACGGAAAAAAGAAAGGGAUAAGAAGACUCAAGACUUACAAAAGCUUAUUACAGCAGCAGACAGCCAAUCUGAAAAUAGACGAAUUGAGAAGAAGCUUCCCAAGAAAAAGCUUCAGCAGCAACUUACACGGCCUCGUGUUGACACUGUGGCUGUAGAGAGCACUGGCAUCAAAUUCCCAGAUAUGAAAGGCAGUGGUGUGUCUGUAAGAUCUCAAAGAAUGAAGAUGCCAGCCAAUGUUGGUCAGAAGAAAAUUAAAGGUGUAGAACAAUUGCUUCAAGAAUUGGGAGUUGAAUUAAACCCUAUGCCUACAGAAGAAAUUUGUACCCACUUUAAUGAAUUAAGGAGUGAUAUGGUUUUGCUUCAUGAACUGAAAGCAGCAUUUAGCACAUGUGAAUUUGAACUUCAAACCCUACGUCACCAGUAUGAAGCACUUUGCCCUGGCAAGACUUUGGACAUUCCGGUUCUAUCUGAAAGUCAGACUGUAUCAUCUAGUGAAAAUGAUGGCGGAAAGCAAAAGAUAAACCUUGAAAUUAUUGAUGUUGUUGGUUCACCUGGUACUCCCAAUAGUAGUACUCACUUGAACUAACAAUUUUUGUUGUCAAGGAUCACGUAAUGCUAUAUGUAUUAAGACUCAACUUUUAAUAAUAAUCUAUGUGUAUAUCUA